UCGGCGCCCUGUGACCCCCGCCCCCCGGAGCCCGGAUGUCCGCCGCCAUCGCCGGCCCAGUCGGUGUGCGAGUCGGUGCCGCCGCCAUGAGCCGUCUGCUGUCGUUCUCCCUGCUGCUCCUCCUCGUCUUCCCGCUUAGCCUGGUGCAGCGGGGCCCCGGUGCAGGGCUGUCAUUAGUUGCUGCAGAUGACCCAACAGAAGAUGAAGAAGGUAUAGAUGAUUCUGUAGUGGAAGAUGAAGAUGAUGAAGCAGAAAUAGAAGAGGAUGAUACAACAGACAUUAUGGAAGAUGAAAAAGAAGAGGAAGAGGAGGAAGAAGAUUCCACAUUUGGCGAACCAAAAGCUUCUCCCAAUGCUGACACAACUAUCUUGUUUGUGAAGGGAGAAGAUUUCCCAGCUAACAACAUUGUGAAAUUCUUGGUUGGAUUUACGAACAAGGGUAAUGAAGAAUUUGUGGUGGAAUCUUUGGACGCUUCAUUUCGUUAUCCUCAAGACUACCAGUUUUAUAUUCAGAAUUUUACAGCACUACAGUUGAACACAUUGGUGCAGUCCCAACGUCAAGCAACAUUUGAGUAUUCGUUUAUCCCUGCUGAGCCAAUGGGAGGUCGGCCAUUUGGAUUAGUCAUCAACCUCAACUACAAGGAUGCCAGUGGCAAUAUUUACCGUGAUGCUGUUUUCAACCAGACUGUUACAAUAACUGAGCGAGAGGAUGGUCUGGAUGGGGAAACAAUCUUCUUGUACAUGUUCCUAACUGGCCUUGCGUUACUUGUUGUGGUUGGUAUCCACCAGCUCCUGGAAUCAAGAAAAAGAAGACGGCCAACUACUAAAGUAGAGAUGGGUACAUCUAACCACAACAACGUAGACAUGAGCUGGAUUCCUCAGGAAACCCUGAACCAGAUCAACAAAACUUCCCCAAGAAGGUCUCCCCGUAAGCGAGCGAAGAGGACUGUGGGGUCAGACGAGUAAUGGCUUCAGUUUUUAAUUUUCAGUGUUCGAUCCUGUCCACUUUCAUUUAGCAGUGGAGAUAAUGCCAAGAUGCCAUCUAAAAACAUUAAAAAGUAAUCAAUGGACUGAGCAAUAGAACGUUUAAGAAUAUGUGGUUUUUUGUUGGAAGAGCUUCUCAUCAAACUGCUCUUGAGGGUAGAGAGUUGCUGACUUUUGCCAUUUCAACAUGUUUUGUAUACUUUGAGAAAAUUGCAGCUUUGUCUUUUAAUGUGAACGAUUCUACAGAGCAAAUUGUUUUUGGCUGAUGUACGGUUCCUUAGAUCAUACAAAGAAUUGGAUUCUGCUGGAGAGUUGAUUUUGUGUUCCUUUUGGUGUCGGCCCAAAGGAACUAGAGUUUUUCUUUCAGUGCAGGAUGUUUCAUAUAAACAUGUUGGCAUGUCAUUACUUAGCACAUGUGCAUAAUCAUUGCAUCAACUUUUUUAUCCUGAUUCUGAAUGUUGCAACUCUGGGAUGAAUGCUCUGAACCAGUGUGUAUAGUUAAUGUGGUUUGAGUAAAAGAAACUAGUGCACAGACUUAAGGUCUUGCUCAGCAUCAUAGAAAUGAAUGGAAAUGUGUGAGAGUUCAUCUGUAUCUCUAGGAACUAAAUGAGAUUGCAAUUUGUGUUUUCUAGGGACAGAUAAUAUCAGAAUGAGAAUUUUAUAUUUUUUGACAAACUUGGAAUUUAUGGACUUUUUUUUUUGGAGUGAGCCAUGUGGGGCAAAAUCUAAAGUAAUUUCCAAAUGGACAUCUUUCUCAUUAUUUGGAGACCAUUCUACAAAAUAUACUUAGAGUUUCAAAAACUCAUGCAUUAAGAUGUUUUUGAUUACCUGAAAUGAGCUGUUUUUAAGUGGAUGAGACCUCAUUAAAGUAAACAAGCUGAG